GACCUGAGUGAAAGCCGGCCGACCACGCUUUGUUCUCCUCACGUGUAGGGCAGAAGCUUGAGUUAUCUUCUUCCUAUACCGGCUCUCUGACAAUGAAGACGUCCGAGCCUGUGACAAAUGGAUGCGAAUAAUGCUUACAAGUGCGAUGUUUUUACCAAAGCCUUCGCCAGACAGAACGAGCAUUUUGAAACAGCCAUCCAAUCGUUGGACUCAAUAAAUGACCAAAUCGUCCAGUUCCUAUUGAAAGCUCCAGACGAUGGCGUUCCUGUGAGCGACUCGGAGCGGGACCCCCGAUGGAGCCCCCGCUGCCGCCUCUCGCUGGUGCUGACGAGGCGCCUUCUGGCCGAGGCGCGGGCCGGCUUUCGCAAGACGGUCCACGACAACCGGGCACUCGCCUCCAGAAUCGACCGAGACCUGCAGGCGGCCUACCAGCAAGUCCACAUCCUAAGGGCUGAGCUGGCCGACGCGAACCGCCGGCUGGAGGACAUGGCGGGAAACGUCAUCACCACCUGCAUGCCGCCCCCCACUUCCACGACCACCACCGUCAGCGAGGCCAGCCACGUGCCCCCCUCUCGGCCCCAGCACAGGCUGCCCCCUCAGCAACAGCAGCAGCAGCAUCCUCAGAGUGGACACUCGCGAGAUGUCGCUUCCAUCUCCGACAAGGGCGGCACGAGGACGACGAUGCACCAACCCGACUCCAAAGCCAGUGACAGUAAUGGCUCCCCUCAGAAUUCUGUGGACAAAAGUAAACUAAUGGACUCGCUUUCACGUAGCAGCCCGUGCGAAGGUGAUGUAAAUAGAGAUUUAAGUUCCUCGUCUGGGAAAGGUUUCGUGAGAAAUGCGAAUGAGUUAAGCUCUGGCUCCAGAGAACCGCAAACUGUCCAUCCUAUCCUUCCCCAUCAAGACAGCUCAGAACGUCCUCAGCCUCCUCCUAGGCUGACGAGUCUUGGUGGGAAAGAAAAUGUGGAAGGGCUUCAACGGAACUCAUUGGAAAAUAAAAGUAUUUUUUCCACCAGCGAAGUGUCGCGGAAAAGUGGACUGGAUGACAAGAAUCGUUCUCGUGAUAUUCAGAGUGAAAGUGCUAGAAAAAACGUAUUUGAAGCCAGUACUCGUGAUGGAUUUUCGUCUCCUGUUAAUACAGUUCGUAACACUCUCUCUGUUGAAAAAGCCGAUAGUUUAACUGAAAGUUCAGAAGGAAGUGAAAGUGUAGGAGUAGCUAAGCAUCGAGUGCAUAAACGUGAACGGCGUUCUUUCAGGGGUUCUGAUCUGCAGAAACCAUCGUCUCCUGAUUCUCGAUCAAAAACUACCGAUGAUUCAAAAUCGGAAUUGCAGAGGUCAGAAUCAGACGGUAACCAAAAUAGUGCUCCUGAGUGUGAUCUUAGUUUGAAUAGCUCCCCUUUUAAAGAAGGAGAUUCCAAACCGUCGGAAAAACAAGAUGGUGACCAAAAACGGGAAAGUGUUCGACAGUCGGAUUCUUUGUCCGAAACGAAAGUUUCUUCGGAACUUCAAAGAAAUAGUCCCCCUGUCAGGGACACUUCCAACGCACAAAAACGUUUCUCUUUUUCCAAAGAUCCAGACAUCUGUCUUUCUAAAGAUGCAAUCGACCAACCUCAUAAGUUAAAAGCUAAAACCAAAAGUGAUCCUUUGGAUCAACGUCGCGACAGAGAUGUUCCUGAACCAUCGUCUGUACUUUCAAGCCCUAGUGCAGUAAUGAAGCACAAGUCUCAUGGGGGGAACAGCAGCUGGGCAGGGGGCCGUUUCUUCGAUUAUUCUAGUUCGUGGUACAACAAACCUCAAGAUACCACUACUGCAUCUUCCAGCAUGAGCGGGAAGAGUCUUCGAGGUGCUGAGUCAUCUUCAAACACGUCGAGCAGUCAGGAUAGCUACCCAUUUGAGUUCUCGGAUCAUCCUCCGCGAGAUGAAGGGCGAUAUGUUGUAUUCGAUUCAAAAGAUCUCAUUCGAACUGGACGCCCUUGGCGAGCAGCACUUAGUGAAAGUUACAGGGAACAAGAGCAGAAUGAUUCCACUUCUGAUGUUUGGAAGAACAGUAUUUGUGAUAAAAAAGAUCCUUACAAUGCAUCUUUUAAAGAUGAAAGAAGACAAGUGCCAGAAAAAGACGAACCAAGUCCAAUCAAACAUUCCCAAGAGAAGGAAAAAUUUAAGAAGGUUGCAGAUUAUUCCGGCUAUAACAGCAUUUCCAAAGAAUCCGAUGGGAACUUGCAGCCGGAGUUGGAAAACUUGCGAAUCCGGAACAGCGCCUUGUUACGUGAUUUGGAAGAAGUUAUGGAAUCUCGAGAUGAGAAAGCGAAGGAAAACGCAAUCCUGAAUGCACGUUUACAGCAAACGAGCAAAGAACUAGACCACGCCAAAGAAGCUCUUUCAGCUUUAAAACUAGACCGCAAGCGUCUGAAGGCGGAGAAAUUUGAUCUGCUUACCCAAAUGAAGCAACUAUACAGCACUUUGGAAGACAAAGAGGAAGAACUUCGCGAAUUUAUCCGAAAUUACGAACAUAAAAUGAAGGAAAAUGAUGAGAGCAUUAAACAACUCUCGAAAGAAAGAGAAGCAAUGGAACAAGAAAAAUGGAGCAUAUUAAAACGUGCUCGUGAUGAGGCAGAACGGGCAGUGCUGCUUUGCACGCAACUGGGACUGAAAGAUCAACACAUUAAAGAGCUACAGGAUGAAUUAGCCAUUCUUCAGGAGAAGCAAGCCUCAUCUGCCAUUGAUAAUCAUCAGAGUAACGGCUAUGGAAGCCCUGGUUCCAGAUCUUACAGAGCUACGAAUGGCAUUGAUUCUCAUGGUACACCAACUCCAACUCCAGGAUCAGAAGCUACUACAUCACCAUCUUUUUCAGGUACACCAACAAUAUCGGCAAGGUAUGCUGAGCCGGCCACUGCUCAAGGGUCAGAUUCGUCUCCAAGUCACAGACCAAGUCUAUUGUCACGUUCUGCUGAAGACAUUUUUAAUUCCUCCAUAAUGGGAGGAGUAAAUAGUGUCAAGAAGAAAAUUAAGGAAAAGAAAGGAACAUGGGGAUCUAUUUCACGAGUAUUUUCUAGAAGUAAAAGGAGAAAAGCCUUAGAUCCUGAACUUUUUGAAAAUAACCGUGCUUCAUGGUCCCCUAAGGACAGCGUCUGCUCAAGUCCGAUGAACGAGGAAAGCUACAUGCAAAAGUUGCGCUUGCUGGAGGAAACGCACGGCACUCCUAUGCAACACUGGAGAGCUGCCACUGUUCUCGCUUGGCUCGAGAUCACCAUGGACAUGCCCCAGUAUGCAACUCUGUGUGCGGAAAACAUUAAGAGUGGAAAGGUGUUACUUGAACUUUCUGAAUCAGAGCUAGAGGAAGGUCUUGGCAUCAGUAACGUCAUGCACAGGCGGAAACUACGAUUAGCUAUCGAAGAACACAGGCAACCUUCCUUAUGUCGAUAUCCAAAAAUCUGUCUAAUGACUCAUUCAUGGGUAGUGGAGGAAUGGCUGCCCAGCAUUGCUUUAACGUGCUAUUUGCCAAGUUUCUCGGAGCAUUUAGUGGAUGGGCGAGUGCUGGACACUCUUACCAAAAAAGAUCUGGAAAAACAUUUUGGCAUUACUCGGAAAUUUCACCUGCUGAGUAUCAUGCAUGCAAUUCAAUUAUUACGAAUCCUCAGUUUUGAUAGACAAGUUUUAGCUCAAAGGAGAUUAAACAGUGAAAGUAUGGAUGUGGACCCUCUAGUGUGGACAAAUCAAAGAUUAAUAAAAUGGGCCAUCAGUGUUGAUCUCAGCGAAUAUGCAGAUAACUUAAGAAACACUGGUGUCCAUGGUGCGUUAGCAGUUCUAGAGCCUACGUUCACUGCUGAUACUAUAGCUACAGCUCUUGGAAUACCAACAUCUAAAAAUAUAAUUAGAAGACAUCUAACAACUGAAUGGCAAAAUCUUAUUCAACCUGCCAGACUUUCUCUAGAAUCUGAAAGUCUAGUUGCCAAAAAAUCGAAAUCAGAGAAGAGACUUUCAAGUGGCAGUAGUUCCAUUUCACUGGUAUCCCAAGGUCGAAGUGGCAGCAGCAUUAUGCCAUCCUAUACGAGACGUACCUUGGACCGGUACGACCGCAAAAGAUCAAGUUGGAGGUUUUCUACCUGGAAAAGUUCUCAGGAGUCUUUGAAAUCCACCUCAUCCAAAAAGACCACAAUUGCACCUCCAACUGCGGCCGAACGCCCUCAUUUACUGCCUUUGUCACCUAAACUCAACACCCCUCGACACCGAAGGACAUUUUCCUCACAUUCCGAUGUUGAGACUCUUACGGUAACACCAGUUUAAAACUUGAUGGAUGCAUUUGAAAUUAGAUUCUCAAAACAAAUGAAAGUGGAAGAUAAAUUCUUUUGUACAAUUGAAUUUUAUCAUAAAAAAGAAAAUUUCAAAAUUGCUUAAAUUGUGAAAGUUGAUUUUAUGCAAGAAGUUCUUUGAAAUUGUAUGAAUUUGUAUUGUAAUGACUUAUGAAAACUCUUUAAGCCAGGUGUAAUUUUCUUUAAGUACUUUUUGUUGUCAAAAACAUAUUACUAUGAUUCUAAAAAUGCAAUUAAAAAAUGUAAAUGGAAUUUUUAUAAAUGAUAAAUUUCAUUAUAACUUCACAGUAAAAGGAAAUCAUAGCAAGAAUAGUUAAUAUUGUACAUGGCUGUACCAGCAGUAAUCAGGUCAUUAAGUACAAAAUUUUAAAUCUUGACAGAAAUUUUCAGAGCUAGAAAUAAAACCAAAUUCCAAUUACUACAAGAAUUAAAAUCUUAUUAGUUUUACAAAUUUUUUCUUAAAAAAAAAAGCUCAAAAAUAAAUAAAAGGUUAAAUUUCUUUGAUUAAUUUUAUUCGUUUUUAUACAAAUAGAGAAUUAUGGAUUUCCAUUUUGCAGAAUACAUUCGAAAACGAGGGUUAAUAUUAAGUAAUGCUUUAAUGUCUAAGUACAUCCUAAACUAGGACACAUUAAAACAGACAGCGAAAAAGGCUAUAUAAAUAGGCAAGUCGUACUUUAAUGUUAAUUAAUUGUCAUUAUAAUACAAAUUUUCUGUAUAUUUAAAUUUAUACACCAAUAAUGUGAAAAUGUGCACUUUUCUAAAAAAUGUUUAAACUAAUUACAAUUAUAAGCAUGAAAAAUUGUCCAAGCAUGAUUACAAUUAACCUUUUUAAUAUAUAAAAUUUGUACAUAUAACAGAAAAUGAUUUAAAAAAUUGACUUUGUAAUAAUACAUUUUUUCGACAAAUGUAAGUUAAAAAAAAACAUCUUGAGAAACAGAGUGGAGUGCUAAGGUUUGUGAUUAAUUUUAAACUUUUAAAUGUAAAUCAUAAAAAUAUUAAUUACUAUAUAUGUAAUAAAGAUAACUUUUCAGAUAUGUCACCACUUCCUGAAAUAUUUUUGUAAUACUGAUGAGUUGUACAAGAAUAAAAUUAAUUAAAAUAACAAGUGAAUUAGGGAGUUUAUAAAACCUUGCUCUCUUAACACCUAAAUAAAUUUUUAAUAUUAAACAUAUUUUAGGAAUGUUUACUUGGUAUAUUUAUGGUAAUUAAAAGAAAAAGAACAACUAUUUAGGUACGCAUAUUAUUUCCAAAAUAUUUUAUUAAAAGUUGCUUAUUUCUAUUUUCUUUCUUUAAAAAAAAAAAAAAACAACCUAAGAAUUUUUUUGAGUCUGAGAUUUUCAUGUUUAAAAUUUGAAUAUGUAUAUAUCUAUCGGCUUUAUUUUUGAAAUUCUGAACCCCCCCCCCCUUCUCUCUUGCAACCAUCAUGAAAUGCACACAUUUUGAACAAAUGUCAUAAUUUUGUUUAUUGUUUAAAAAAUAGACUCGAAUCAUUAUAUUUCGAUGACCACAGAAAUAAGAGUCAUAAUAAAAAAGCGCAAGUGUUUUGUUUAGAACACAGACAUUCAGAUUUCAAAAUCUUAAUUCUUGUUCUGCUCCAAUAUGUAUGUUUAUUGUGAAAAAAAAAAAGGUUCCAUCGCAGUAUACAUUGAAAAAAAAAGAAUGCAUCCUUCAUAUUGUAUUAUAUUGUACACAAUGAUGAAAGGGUGAAGCUUAAGUUAUGUACAUGCAGGUUAGUUUUAAAGAAGCUGCUGCAAAAUAUGAGUUUGUGUACCCGUUGAUUCUAAUAUUCCUGUACAUUAAAAGUUAUCUAAUAAAAUUACUUUAUUGCA